CUGUUUUUGGCGGUUUUAUCUGAUACUCCUUUUCGAUACGUUCGUUAGUUUCUUCCCCAGAAAAUACUCUCUCUCUCUCUCUCUCUCUCUCUCUCUGCAUUGAUUUGUUUUCCAUAUCUUCAAUAACCCAUCUCUCUGGCUGGAGUUUGACUUCAAAUUCAAAUGGGUUUUCUAAGCACUUUCUUGGGAAUUCUUGGCUUUGGUAUUGGACUCCCAUUCGGAAUCCUAGUUGGGUUUUACUUCUUCGUCUAUUCUAAGCCCAAAGAUGUUGAGAAUCCCGUUGUUAGGCCCCUUCACAAGAUGGACACGACUACUUUGCAAGAAAUUCUGCACGAGAUUCCGCUCUGGGUGAAGAGUCCGGAUUAUGACCGAGUGGACUGGUUAAACCAGUUUCUGUUGGAUAUGUGGCCUUACCUUGACAAGGCAAUUUGUAAGACCAUAAGGAUCAUGGCUCGACCUAUAUUUGCAGAGUACAUCGGCAAAUAUCAGAUAGAAUCGAUUGACUUUGGCAAUUUAAGCCUUGGAACUCUCCCUCCUAUAAUCCAAGGUAUGAAAGCCUACGAUACUGAAGAGAGAGAACUGGUCAUGGAACCGGCUAUGAAGUGGGCUGGAAAUCCAAACAUAACUCUGGUGUUGAAAAUUUUAUCUCUAAGCAUCACAGUUCAGUUAGUGGAUCUACAAGUGUUUGUGGCACCGCGGAUAACGUUGAAACAUCUCGUGCCUACUUUUCCAUGUUUUUCAAGCAUGGUCGUUUCUUUGAUGGAGAAGCCACAUGUGGAUUUUGGACUGAAAGUACUGGGAGGGGAUAUUAUGUCCAUACCUGGACUUUACCGAUUUGUACAGGAGACAAUUAAAAAACAAGUUUCAAUCCUUUACCACUGGCCCCAAACCCUUGAAAUACCCAUACUUGAUGCGUCCACAGUGGCGGUAAGGAAGCCUGUGGGAAUAUUACAUGUCAAAGUUAUACGGGCAAUCAGACUUUUGAAGAUGGACUUAAUAGGAACAUCGGAUCCUUAUGUUAAGCUCAGUCUGAGUGAAGAAAGGCUGCCGGCAAAGAAAACAACAGUCAAGAAGAGGAACUUGAAUCCAGAGUGGAAUGAGAAUUUUAGUUUGAUGGGAAAACACUAA